AUGGACGCCACUUCAUCCGGAGCGGCUUCAGAGCCUAUUCGAUUCCGCGCCGGCAAGAAAAGAAAAGCAUACCGCCAGCGUGUCCAAGAAGAUGACGACGCUGUUACAGAAACAGUACAACCGCCUCCUACCGCAUCAGCAGCGGAAUCAAACGAUAAGUCGACUCAAAGAAGCACGCCAGAUGAGGAAGAGCAUGGAGAAGGCUCUGUUGCUGCCGCGCUGAGGUUGCGCAAUGCGCGAAGGAGCCGUCUUGGAGGUGUCGCAUUUCGAAAUUCAAACCGCCCAGAAGACGACACGAAUACCGAGCGCGCGCUCGUUCCUCACAAUGCUGAUGAAACUUCGAAUAAUGAGUCCGUAAUCAAGGGCGUUACAGACCGGUUUACACAUCAAACUGGAAAAGUUGCCGACCUGAACGAUAGACACAUGAUGGACUACAUAGAAUCCCGACUAUCUAAUCGUGCGGCCAGAGAUAGCUCAAAACCUACCUCAUCCGCAUCUGCAUCGGACCCUACUCGACAAUCUUCCACGAUGGCGACAAAGCACGAGACUGGACGGGCCGUAAUGCAGGGCCAACUGAUGGAAAUUGAUCUCGGCGACCAUGCGCAAGACAGUAGCGCUGCUCGUAACGCGGGCGCAGGUCAAGGAGAUGGUGACGAACGGCGAGCCAAGAAGCCUCGGCUCAGAAGAGAUGGCAAACCCUGGCGUCCGCGAAAACGCCGAGAUAGUGAUGCUGUCAAGCGCGACCAACUCGUCGACGAGAUUCUUCGAGAAGCAAAGCUUGACCUAUACGAACCCACCGCAGAACAAAGCGGCAACGCCGCUGGUGCCGACCAGGACGGUGCAGCAGAUGAACGACUUGCUGAAGAGUUCCGACAGCGGUUCCUCGAGGAUGUUGCCGAGCGACAACUCAGGAAAAAGAAAGCAACGAACCAGCCUGCUCGCCCUGGCACCGAGGAGGUCCUCAAAGGACCCAAACUUGGCGGUAGCCGUAACAGUAGAGCUCAGAUGAGAGACCUCCUGCUGAAAAGGGAGAAGGAAGGAAAGAAAUAG